AAAAUGUUGACCUGCUGCCUCUGUGGUAUUUUGAUAGAAGAAACGUUUAUUAAUAUAGACGAUAAUACCCGGGAGGGGGCAACCUAUAUACAACUCUUGGAUCAGAUUCUCGAAGGAGAGGAGAAAGAUCUUUUAAAUCUUCUGGGUUCAGGAGAAUUGUGCCAGGCUUGUGUUGAAAUCCUCGAAUCUAUUCAAGAUUUUUACCAGAAAAUCAGAGAGCUGAAGCUAAGCAUAAUAACAGGAUACAACAACUUUGUAACAAACAAUGGAUCCUUGACCCAGCAACACUCAAUAGAACCUCAAAAUUACCAAGAGGAGGGGUCCUUGGAUGAACAGGAGGGACUCAUGAAACAACAGGAUAAUGAGUUGAUCCUUGAACAGGAAUUGAAUAAAGAACAGGAGAGAAAAACGCAGGAGGUGUUAAGUAAGAAACAGGAGCUUAAUAUUAGUCAGGAGGUCAACAUAAUUCAGGAGGUGAACACUGAACAGGAAUUGAAUACUGAACAGGAGCAAUUCUCUGAACAGGAGCAAAACACAAAACAGAAGCUGAACUCUGAACAGGAGCAAACGACAGAGCAGGAGCUGAACACAGAUCAGGAUCUGAACCCUGAACAGGAGCUGAUCUCUCAACAGGAUAUAAACUAUGAACAAGAGUUGGAUUCUGAACAGGAGCUUGGGUUUGAUGGUAGAGUUGUGAUAAAGCGGGAUGUUAGGAAUAUUGAACAAAUAGAUAGACGGAAAGGGAGGAAACUGCUUAAACUGGAGCAAGAGGAAGAAAACUUUAAAAUAUAUUCUGUUAGUUAUAGUGAUAAUAGUUCUCCAGCUCCUAUUUCCAUGUCAACGUCAAGCUUAAUCUAUCAAACGCAGAAAAGAAGCAACACCAUUGAUAUUGUUCUAGAAGAAACGCAAAGUACAGAGUUGACAAUGUUGUCAAUAGAUCUGGAAAAGGAGAUUUGGUCAGCCUUAUUCUCCGUCAAUCCAAGGGAUAAGGAGAGUCUAGCCACGUGUUGGAAUGAAAUCUUACUUCCGGUUCUUCAAGAGCAAAUUCAGGUCUCAGGAUAGUAGCAGAGAUUUUUUAAAGAAGAGUCCUUUUUU